AUGGCAAGCAAGAAAUUUGACAGAUUCUAUGAUGAUCUGAAUAAACUUGAGCAACUCGAGGAUAGAUUAUCAAAUAACUUAAAUCAGAAAAAUCUGGCUAUAAAAGCAGGCGAACCUACUGGAAAAUAUGAGUAUUUGAUUCAAAGUAGUGUAGAUAGUCUUAGAGAUGACUUAUCAAAAAUAUAAAGACUAGCUUUUGUCUAUUAAAACGAGCCACACUAGCACCCUGACCUAACUUAGAAAGAAAGGUAGAAGAGAGUGCAAAAAAUUGAGGAGUUAGAACAGAGGAUUCCACAGCUUUUAGCCCAAGCCAAGCAGUCAAGUAACGCCGAUAAUAUAUCUGGCAAAUAGAGAGGCUAUAAUCAAUAUGAUGAUGAGGAAAGAAAUUAUAAUAGAGAUGAAGAAGGAGAAUUCGAAGAUACAAAAGCGAUGGAUGAAAGACAACUUAUUACUAAAAAUAAAAAGAUUAUGAAUGAUUAGGAUAGAUAACUCGAUGAGAUUCAAGGAAUUGUAUCGAGCAUUAAAUAUGAAAAUUAAAACAUGCAAGAUGAAUUAGGGCAUUAAAAUGUGAUUCUUAGCAAGAUAGAUGGUGAUAUAGAGAGAAAUUUUUAGAGAAUGGUUAAGGUUGACAAUAAACUAAAAAAGCUUAUUGCUAGCUCAAAUCAUUGGUGCAUCUGGAUCAUAAUAAUCAUUGAAAUUGUGAUUCUUAUACUUGUAAACAUCUGA